GUCAAAUCAAAUGUCAAAUGUCAAUAAAUUGCAAUUUUUCAACAGCGAUCGAGUGGUGGUGCACUUUUAAAAAUAAUUAAUGCAAUAUUUAAGUUUGGAUUCAACUCGUUAGCCGUUUAUUUGUGAUCGGUAUACAAUCAGGUAGUAAUUCGGAAUGGCUUUUUAUUGCUGUGGCAGAUUAGGAAAUUCAGCGUUGCUGGGAAAUUUGGCGAAAUUUCGGACCGCAUUGGGUACUGCGACAUACGCUCAAGCGGCGUCUGUACCUAAGAUAACAUUUAAAAAAUUUGAACCACCAAAAGAAGAGCACUAUGAUAUUAAAAACGAACGCUUGAACAGGCCUUUGUCGCCCCAUCUCACGAUCUACCAGUUCCAGUUAACAAGUGUUCUGUCAAUUACGCACAGAACUGCAGGAAUCAUCUUAACUGGAUAUGCGACAGCUCUUGGACUGGGAGCAUUGGUGUUACCACAUGACGUCUCUCACUAUAUUACAAUGAUUGAAGGAUUGAACCUAUCUCCGGCGACCAUCUUUUUAGCUAAGGUAUUACUUGCGGCACCUUUUGGUUACCAUUUCGCUAAUGGAAUUAGACAUCUUUACUGGGAUACUGCUAAAGGUUUAACUAUCAAAGAGGUAUAUUCCACGGGCUAUGCUAUGUUAGGAGGGGCUCUUGCCAUCACAUUGUUCCUGGCUGCAUUAUAAUUAUGUUAAAUGAUAAUAGGAUAAAUAGAAAUUGUUGACGUUUGGUAUAAUUAUUUAUUUUCGUUCUCAUUUUAAGUGGUGUAAUAAAUUUUGUUGAAUAAACAUAAACUGAUUUUGUGUUGAUAA